UCAGUCAGUCUCUCAUUUGCUUCAGAUCAAUUCACAGUAAUUUUUGUGAUUUAUUUGUAAGGAACAAGCGUGUUUUCUGUAAAAAUAAAAAAUAUAAAAUUAAAUAAAAGUGAAAUUUAAAAAUGAAUGAGUAUAGUCCUUUAAUGUUUUAUCUGUUCACCUUGGUCGUUUGUCUCGGAAUUUUAUUAAAAACCUUUAAAGGUGUUUGUAAGGAUGAGGACAUGGAGUCGUCAAAUUUAGAUUUUCAUGGUGCUCAACGAUCUUUGGAACGACCUCAACCAGGAAUUUUUACAAUUCGACUAGAUCCGCCAAUAAUUGAUCAAAAUUGCGAUGAUAAACCACCAAGCUAUGAGUCAUUAACGCAACCACCGAAGUAUGAAACAGUUAAAGAAGAUUUCUUCGAAUAUCCAUCAGGAAAUUGUGAAUAA